UUCUUCUUUCCCAAGCCUCUGCGAAAUCUUGGUUAGCCCUUUUCUUUCCUCUCGACAUUCGCUUGGGGUUUUUACCCAUCAUCGAUUAGUUCCUCGACGAUCUGUGACCUAUAAUGUCGACGGUAGCAGAAUCAGCGCCGCCCAAGGGUGGGUUUUCCUUCGAUCUCUGCAAGCGAAAUGAAAUGCUCGUGAAGAAGGGCCUGAAGCAGCCCUCUUACCUGAAAACCGGAACCACAAUAGUGGGACUAAUUUUUCAGGAUGGUGUUAUUCUUGGAGCAGACACAAGAGCAACUGAAGGCCCAAUUGUUGCUGAUAAGAACUGCGAGAAAAUUCAUUACAUGGCUCCGAAUAUUUAUUGCUGUGGAGCUGGGACUGCUGCAGAUACAGAGGCUGUUACUGAUAUGGUUAGUUCUCAGCUGAAACUACAUCGUUAUCAUACUGGCCGUGAGUCCAGGGUUGUGACAGCUCUCACACUUUUAAAGUCUCAUCUGUUCAGUUAUCAAGGUUAUGUAUCAGCCGCCUUGGUGCUUGGUGGAGUUGAUGUGACUGGCCCUCACCUGCAUACUAUUUAUCCACAUGGUUCAACUGAUACCUUACCAUUUGCCACUAUGGGUUCUGGCUCCCUUGCUGCAAUGUCGGUUUUUGAAUCAAAAUACCGUGAAGGACUGACUAGAGACGAAGGAAUAAAAUUGGUGGCUGAAGCAAUAAGCUCGGGAAUAUUUAAUGACUUGGGAAGUGGAAGCAAUGUGGAUGUCUGUGUCAUAACAAAGGGGAAACGAGAGUACUUGAGAAACUAUCAGAUGCCAAACCCUCGUACUUAUGUCAGUGAGAGAGGCUAUACCUUCUCCAAGAAGACUGAGGUUUUGAUGACUAAGAUCACACCAUUGAGAGAGCUAGUGGAAGUCGUCGAAGGUGGAGAUGCAAUGGAAGAAUGAGGUCCAUUUGAUAGAAAUCCAUUAUGUUCACAUGAAUUUUUCGAUUUCCCCUUAUUAUAUGCAUCAGAUCUACACUUUGUGCUUUAGUGCUUCUGAAAGAUUGAAAUGCUCUGGCUUGAGUCUAUUUUAUUUUUCUUUGCCAAGACUAUCUGAAACCUGUUUGUGUUUAGUCUUGUUAUUCGAUGCACAAUAGCUUUGCCUUCCUCCCUUAUGAAGUGUCAUUUUCAUUUUCA